AUGUCAGAAGAUGCAACAAUGGAUACUGCAACAGCAGAGGCAGUUCCUGCUACUGCUAAUUUGGAACCACGAAAUACAAAACGCACGACGGAAAGUUCUCCGACUAAUACUACCUCUAUACAACGAAAAUUUGCCAAACAUCUCCAUCUUUCACCUCUCUUAGUUGCAGAGAUAACACGUACCCUUUAUUCCAUGUUAGCAUUCGUUAUAGUCGGAUUUUCAUGUACUUUUGCUAUACAAUCGUCAGAUUAUCGGUGGAAAACUUCCGGUGAUGACAUGAUGGCUUUGGUAGAUCUUGGGUUUAAAGUUAUUCCAUAUACAGAACAAAUAUUCUUAGCAGACUUGUUCAUGCUUACAUUGCUUGUUGGUUCUUUAGGCAUAAAUCUUUUCCUCGCCGAAUCUCAUAUAGCGAGACUUAUAAUAGUUCGCCGUAUAUUUUGGAUGUUGACUUUCCUUUUGGGAUUUAGAAUGAUUACUCUUAGUGUGACCACUUUACCAAGUCCAAAGGAUUGUAAGCCUCUUGAGCCCGGCAACUUUUGGAAUAUGCUCAUAACCGGCGUGCAUCUAAUAACAGGCACAGUUAAAGCAUGUACAGAUAAUAUUUUUUCAGGCCAUAGCAUCUUCAUCACCACAAG